AUGGCCAAAAACAUCGUGGCUCAUCGACGCCACAUCCAAUCUAAACCCAAGGUGAAAACCGGUUGUGGCACUUGCAGGAUACGGAAGGUGAAAUGUGACGAAAAUAAGCCCUCGUGCCACAAAUGCGUCCACACUGGCCGUGUCUGCGACGGCUAUGCGUCUCUGUUUAGAUUUUGUUCCAGUAAAUCUACCAAAAACGCCCGUGGAGAUGACGGCAUCAAGUCAAGUGUUAGCGAAUCGAUCACCGAGCACACGGGAAUGGAAAUCUCGCCUCACGACAUCGACCUUCUCAAUCGGUACUUUUCGACCAAAACCAUGUUCGAUGUCAAGCUGGACUGUGACGAAGAAGCCAAGCAGGUCCUGCAGGCUAGCUUGACUGAUCCGUCUAUACGGCACGCAGUGUCAUCUCUGAGAGCUCUUCGCGAAGACCGCGAGACCACCGGAGAUGUUCCGGCGUCUGCCGCGCAGCAGACCCCGAGCCAUGACUACGGCCUCCAGCAAUAUUGCAUGGCCUUGGGGGGGCUCGCAUCUACCAUGUCUCUAGGCACCAACGGCUUAAGGUCGGCGUUGCUUUGCUGUCAGAUCUUCAUCAGCAUCGAACAAGUGCGGGAGAAUUACGCCGUGAUGGCCCAGCACCUCGUCCGAGGACUCGGGAUCAUGCGUGAGCACCGUGCACGACCGACAUUUGAUGCCGCGAAUGAGCUGACACCAGCACACCCUGACCAACUCCCUUUUCUGGACGUCUUCAUCAUCAAGUUAUUCGCUGCACCGUGCAGGUUUGCAGAACCUGCAGCCCCAGCUGACACGGGUGUGAUGACGCUAUCUGAGUCUUCGGUCUCGCCUCCUGAACAGCACGCUGUAUCUCGCAAUCUUCGCACGAUCGCACCUGACAUGCGAACAGAGCUUGCGAGAAUCGCUUCAUCAACGCUCGAAUUUCUCGGACAAGUAUCACGUGUCGACUCGACGGGAGCAGCUCUUCGACUUCGGUCGCAGAAAGCGACGCUGCUAGACUCAUUAGCGUCGUGGCUCGCGGCUCUUGACCCCGUCCAGGCGGAGACCACACCUCCAAGGCCGGAGCUUCUUUCAGUGUCCUUCCUGCGCCUCUUCCACUUGAUCCUGCGAAUCGUUCUCUUGGGAUCCCUCGACUGCUCGCCCGAAGCUUGUGCCGCGCUGCAGACCGAGAACGAGAGAUUACAGUGUCUUGCCAGCCAGGUGGAUGGGAGGGUCAAGGCGUAUCGAUCGUCGGGUGGGACUCGAUAG